CUCUUCGUGUCGCUUCCUUUUUGUGUUGAAAGCGCACCGUCCGGGUUAUAACGUCUUUAUUCGCAGAAGUCUUCGUCAUUCACAUCUUUGCCUAAUCCCUUGCCUCAAUUUAGCAUCCAAGUCAACGACAGAUGAUAGAUCUGCCUGACUGGCAGAGUUAAUCAACGCACUUUUCAUCUAUUAAAUGGAGAGUUUAGUUGUAGACAGUGUAACCACGGAGAAGUAUUUCCGAAUAGCAGCAGUCUCUGUUGCGUUUUACGAUUAUCUUAUCACACUCCCAGCAGAAUGGCGCUUUUACCGAAGCCAAUCGUCAAUUUUUCAUAUAAGUCUUGCCUGCGCCUUGUUCAUUCUUAUACGUUAUGUUAGUAUCGUGGUUAUAUUAUUCAGCAAUUACGGAUUUUUCUCCACCGCCUUUACCCUACAAACAUGUCGACAAUACUAUCUUCUGGCGCCUAUCUUCAAAGUUGUACAAACUAUGAUAUCACAGGUCAUCCUAGGAGUCAGGACAUUCAAUAUUGUAAGAAGAGAAAGGCGGAUAGGAAUUGCACUGUUGUUGCUAUACCUCGUCUCAGUUUCGGCGGAGUGGUUUGCCGUUUUAUUUCACGGAACCCCUGCUUCUGUCAAUGGAAACUGCACCUCAGCAAAUACUGGCAAAGUAUUGACAACCUGGUUCUACUACCUCGCUGUGAUGAUGUAUGACAUCGUGAUGGUGACGGUAUCUACCAUCCAUCUCCUGCGUUAUAAUCCUCUCAGUAGCAGAGUCGAACAGCUGAUACGUGUCCUGAUCUAUGAUGGCAUUGGAUAUUUUAUCGCGUUGUCCGUGUCGAACGUAUUGAACCUCAUCCUUUAUCAUACGACCAACGUUGAGACUCAGACGGCGGGGUCGUCAAUGGGCUAUGCUGUAACGUGGAUCAUGAGCCAACGGAUCCUCAUCAAUAUACGAGAACCGAAUACUCAACGUGUGGAAAAUGUGAUCGUCGCACGUAACACACUCUCUGCACAGAAAAAAGUGAUGUCCGGUCUCCGCUCACAGUUCGAGUCUAAGAGCCAUUCAAAAGGCUCUAGAGACCCCAUGGAUGCAAAUUUUAGCCCCAAAUCUCCUUACGAUGGGCAUGCCGACGACAUAGAACUUGAUGUACGCGUACGCGUUGAGCGCUCGGUGGUGGCCGAUUACACGGAUGAAUCUGAGCAGCCGAGUGCGUGGGGGCCACCAAGGGCAAAAUGAUUCUGAUGCACUGGCGCAUAACAAGCAUCACAAAGAUAGAGUGACUGUCUGGAAUGGGAGACUACCCAACAUGCGAUAUUACCGUAUAUAUACCCACCCGGUGCUACUAUCGAAAUCUCAGAGCUUCUCAUUCUCAG